AUGGGUCCACCAGCCUCUAUACCACAACCAUAUACCCACGACCAUCCACUAGCCUACACUCUACGUCAACGUUGGACCCUAGUUCAACAGAUUCAACUUCACUUCUGGCAGCGAUGGCAAAAGGAAUACUUACAAAAUCUGCAAACGAGAAAGAAGUGGCAACGCCCAGACAGGAACCUGGCGGUGGAUGACUUGGUAAUCAUUAAGGAACCUACACCACCACUCACAUGGAGUACAGCGCGCGUUGUCAAACUAUACCCUGGCGAAGACAAUGUCGUCCGAGUAGCUGAUGUCAAAUUAACUAAUGGCAAGACUCUCAAGCGUCCAGUGGUGAAGUUAUGCCCUUUACCGUUGUGA